UUGCAGGCCGCUAAUAUUUUCACCCUAUAUGAUGUUUCGAACAUUUGGCACAUUCCUUUGCUGUUACGGGACCAGAAAGCACACAAUGCUAUCCUUAAAGUUCUGAAUCUUGAAAGUGUUGCCCAGGAGCCGAAGUUGGAUGAAUGGGUGGCAAGGGCCACUUUAUAUGACACCCUACAGGAUGAAGUGAGGAUUGCCAUGGUUGGAAAGUACACUGGUCUGUCUGAUUCGUACCUUUCUGUGUUAAAGGCACUUUUGCAUGCUUCUGUCUCUUGCCACAAAAAACUUGUUGUAGAUUGGGUUGCUUCCACUGAUCUUGAGGAUUCAACUGCUUCUGAGGCGCCUGAUGCUUACAAAGCAGCAUGGACUUUAUUGAAGGGCGCUGAUGGCGUUUUAGUGCCCGGUGGCUUUGGAGACAGAGGUGUUAAAGGGAAAAUGAUGGCUGCUAAGUAUGCCCGUGAAAACAAUGUCCCCUAUCUUGGCAUAUGCCUUGGCAUGCAGCUUGCUGUUGUAGAGUUUGCGCGCCAUGUUAUGAAAUUCCCUGAUGCGGACAGCACAGAAUUUAAUCCCAAUACGAAGACCCCAUGUGUUAUUUUUAUGCCAGAGGGUUCAAAAACACAUAUGGGUGGGACCAUGCGCCUUGGAUCAAGGAGAACAUUUUUCAAGGUUACUGACUGCAAAUCUGCCAAGCUCUAUGGUGAUGUCAACUAUGUAGAUGAGAGGCAUCGGCACAGAUAUGAGGUAAAUCCUGAUAUGGUGCCAGCAUUUGAAAAUGCUGGACUUCAGUUUGUUGGCAAGGACGAGACUGGACAGAGAAUGGAGAUCAUUGAAAUACCUGAUCACCGGUUCUUUGUCGGCGUCCAAUUCCAUCCGGAGUUCAAGUCAACGCCUUCAAAACCUUCACCUCCAUUUGUCGGACUAAUCGCUGCAGCAUGCGGACAACUGGACCAGGUGCUGCAGGACAGCUGCAAUGGCCAUGUGGUUGCGGCUAAACACAAGCUCGGCGACAGCUCCUCGACACCCCUAGUACACCAGAACGGGCACGCGCAGAAGCAAGCCAAUGGUGGUGUAGCAAAUGGAACCUGCCAUGCCAACGGCAAUGGCAGUACCCAUGGUUAGCGCGCCGCGGGUUUCGCCAAGGGGAUCAUCUCGCCUGUCUUCUGUGGUCCUCAUCGUCCCGUCGACUGCGACAACGGCUGAGCAACUUAUCAGCAGGGCCGGCGGCCCUACAAGAAGGGCGACGGUCAGAGCCUAGGAAAAAAAAAUAGAGGACUAGCAUUUUAUACAUGAGCACCUUUGUAUAGUAUUAGGUUCUGUGCUGAUAUGCAGCCGAAUGUUUUUGAUCCUUGCGUGUGGACUAAAUAAUAAGCUAGACAUCUUAGAAGGUUUUAGUUGUCGAGACAGAGCCUGGGUGGUUGGGUGUGUACUUUGAUUUCCUUUAAGAAACUUAUGGUUACUGUUUCUUCCCAGUUAAUUCCAGUUUCUUUCUCUGUU